CUAGGAAGAAAGGAGUUGGGCAAAUAGGAAGCGAGGAGAGAGAGAGCGGGCGGGAGAUGAGGAGCCCGGUGUCGGUACGCAGCCUCAUCAUCGAGAGCUCCGACGAUGAGGACACCCACUCCGCCGCCGCCGUGGCCACCAUCGAGAAGAGACACGUCCAUGAUGAGGAGGAGCAGGGUGCUGGCUCGGACUCCGACUCCUCGUCGUCCUCGUCCUGCGCCACCCCACGCCGCGGCCUCUGUUCCCCCUCCUCCCGCUACACCCAGCAAUGGCCGCAGAGUUACAGGCAAUCAAUUGACAUUCUUAGUAGCGUGCAGUCACCCAAUCUCAGUUUUUUAGGCACUCCAACUCUGAGCAGAUUGUCCAACUCUUUCCUUGCUGUCACCGAUUCCUUUCGGAGCAAAACCCCUGAAAUAGUCUCUAACUUUGUCAAGCCACUUCUGAGCCCCACUACAAGUGAUGAGCAGCAGCAACACGAAGAUACCCGAAAGAGUUCCCAGUACCUUCUGCCCUCAAGAAAGCCAUCUUUGCAACAAAUCCCCGAAGAUCAGAAGCCAUUGGUAGCUGGUCAUGAAGUGUCUCCUUAUCGAAACUGCUCUUACACCCAGGGAGUGAUGAAUGGAAUAAAUGUUCUAUGUGGCGUGGGAAUCCUAUCAACACCUUAUGCCAUUAAACAAGGGGGUUGGAUUGGACUUGGGAUACUCAGUAUAUUCGCUUUGCUUGCAUGGUACACUGGCGUGCUCCUGCGCCAUUGCCUGGACAGCAAGGAGGGCCUUGAGACAUACCCAGAUAUUGGCCAUGCCGCCUUUGGCAACACCGGUCGCAUAUUUAUCUCGAUAAUCCUGUAUGUGGAAUUGUAUGCCUGUUGCAUCGAGUAUUUGAUAUUGGAGAGCGACAAUUUGUCAAAAUUGUUCCCCACUGCUCAUCUGACCAUUGGGAGCUUGACACUGAACUCUCAUGUAUUUUUUGCAAUCUUGACUACCAUCAUAGUAAUGCCAACCACCUGGCUCCGUGACCUGAGCUGUCUGAGCUAUAUUUCAGCUGGAGGUGUCAUUGCAUCAAUCCUUGUGGUCAUCUGCCUGUCCUGGGUGGGGGUUGUUGAUGAUGUUGGCUUUGAGAACAAAGGGAUUGUGCUGAACCUCCCAGGAAUUCCUAUUGCACUUGGAUUGUAUGGUUACUGCUACUCAGGGCAUGGGGUGUUUCCAAACAUCUAUUCAUCUCUGAAGAAUCGCAAUCAGUUCCCUUCAAUUCUUUUUACUUGCAUUGGGCUGUCUACGUUUUUAUAUGCUGUUGCUGCUGUGAUGGGAUACAAAAUGUUUGGAGAAGCCACAGAGUCUCAGUUCACGCUUAACUUACCAGACAACUUAGUGGUUUCAAAGGUUGCUGUUUGGACAACGGUGGCAAAUCCAAUAACAAAAUAUGCAUUAACGAUAAUCCCGCUGGCUAUGAGUUUGGAAGAGCUGCUGCCACCAAAUCAACAGAAGUACUCGAACAUUAUCAUGCUUAGAUCAGCCUUGGUGGUGUCAACCCUCCUGAUUGCUUUAUCUGUGCCUUUCUUUGGGCUUGUGAUGGCCUUGGUGGGUUCCUUAUUCGCCAUGCUUGUGACCUAUAUUUUGCCUUGCGCGUGUUAUUUGGCAAUCCUCAAGACAAAAGUGGGGUGGCAUCAGAUAGCAGCUUGCUCGUUCAUCAUCGUUGUCGGUGUUUGCUGCGCCUGCGUGGGGACAUACUCAUCCCUGUCCGGGAUAAUCCAGAACUACACAUAAGUACAGUUCCUGUGAUCCUUUAUAUACACAUUCCCAGCAGUUCUGUGUGCUAUAUGAGCCACACAUAUACAAGGCGGAAAGUUUCGCAGCAACUGAGUCGUGUAUAUUAAAAUUGUGGCAUGUUGUACAUUGUGGGUCAACAGUAUAUAUGUAGUAUGGCCUUGAGGUUGUAUCAUGCGAAAGUAACAGUAUUCCUUAUGGCGCAGAGAAAAAACAAGUUUGAUUUGUAUUGUAGUUUUUAUCAUUUGAUUCUAUCAAUAUAUAUGUUCUUCUCGCUA